UUCAUGGGUUUAGAUAACAAUUAAUAGGUCUAUAACAUUGUUGAUUUAUGAUUCCCUCCUCAUCCAUCAAUCGGUGCUGGUUAGAUAUCCAUCUGGCUAGGCACCUAUCUUUAGGGCGGGGGAAAGCUUAACGGAGAUAACCGUCGGCCCCUCGUAGUACUUUUUCGUCCCCCACUUUCGUCUCAUUCUUUCAAGUUCUAUUUUGCCCUUGAUAUUCUUUUUGUGAUCGAGAGAACACAAAAAGGAAGGUUCUCUUUAGUUGUCCAUAUCGGUAUCCUCAUCCACGGCCUGUGCCCGUGCUUAGUUUUUUCUUUCAAAAGGGCCAGAAGGAGCGGUAAAGGAGGCUUACAUCGGAUUACUUUCUUUUAUUUUCAAAGCACAGAUAAUACGAUUACGGUUUUCUCCAUCAUGCGGACAGACGAAGAUCUCAAGUGGAAGACGGAGGAGGGUGUGCCGCGGGUGGACGAUCCUUUCAUCCAGAAGUAUCUCCAGGGACGAGAUGCCCUGGUAGAAGAGGAACAUAGGCAGAGACACGACUACAAUCUCCGCAGGACUCUCUCUCCCAUAGCGGCCAAAGCAAGCAAGAUUGUCUCUCAGAUCCGUGCACAGGAGCUGAAGCAUGUUUGGACCAGGGGUAUGGAUGAAGACACUGCUCACCAAUCCGAUGAGAUCCUCUAUCCGGGUGUGAUGUUUAACCUGGCCAAGGAUCGGAUGGAGAAGACGAACCUCUGGAAGAUUGUGGAGAGGAUGCCUAAGGGUUCGCUCUUACAUGCUCAUUUGGAAGCUAUGUUCGAUAUCGAUUUCUUGAUAGACCAGGCACUUUCAACUCCGGGUAUGCAUAUGUCGGCUCCGAAACCAUUGUUGACCCGGAAGGACUACGAGGAGGCACCUGUUAGCUUCCAGUAUUCUUCUCGUCCGGCCAAGAAGUCUGAGAACAAGCCUACUGUGUGGGACGUGGACUACGAGUCUUCGUCGCUGAUUCAUAUCCAACACGCAGCAGCAUUCUUCCCGGACGGUGGUGACGCCGGGUUCCGCGCAUGGUUGAAGAGCAGAUGUAUCAUCAUGCCAGAGCACUCGUAUAACCACUACCACGGGGUGGAUGCGAUCUGGGCCAUCUUUCAAGGCACCUUUGGCAUAAUUAGAACAAUCCUUUUCUACGAGCCCAUUCUACGAUCCUGUAUGCGCCGUCUGCUCUCGCAGCUUGUUGAUGAUGGAAUAAGGUAUGUGGAUUUUAGAAUCGCCUUCCACUUCGAUUACCAACGGGAAGGCACCGAUACGCCCGAAGAAGACUAUAUCGAGUUCUGUCGGGUUUUCCGAGAGGAGAUUGAGCGUUUUAAGGCGACAGAAGGGGAGGCGUUCUACGGGGCACGGAUCAUCUGGACGACCCUACGCUGGUUUUCGGAUCAGGAUAUCGUCGAGAGCAUGAAGCAGUGCAUUCUGACGAAGAAAGCACACCCGGAUGUUAUUUGCGGAUUCGACGUAGUCGGGCAGGAAGACCGAGGGAGACCGCUGGUCGAUCUCGUUCCUAUCCUGUUCUGGUUCCGGAAGCGAUGCGUGGAAGAAGGUGUGGAGAUACCAUUCUUCUUCCACGCCGGAGAGUGCCUCGGUGACGGUGAUGAGACGGACCACAACCUUUUCGAUGCCAUACUUUUGGGCACCAGAAGGAUUGGACACGGCUUCUCCCUUUACAAGCAUCCUCUGCUGAUUGACCUUGUCAAGGAGAAGAGGAUCCUCAUUGAAUGUUGUCCGAUCUCAAAUGAAAUCCUUAGACUCACAAGCUCCAUAAAGGCUCAUCCAUUACCUGCCCUUCUGUCCCGUGGGGUAUCGGUGUCACUGUGCAACGACGACCCAGCCAUUCUCGGUCACGGGAAGAAUGGAUUGACCCAUGACUUCUGGCAGGCACUGCAGGGGCUGGAGAACAUGGGUAUAGAGGGCCUCGCUAUGAUGGUCGAAAACUCGAUUCGAUGGAGCUGUUACGAAGACCAAUCGACCACUGAGUGGCUAGGGGAGAUUCGAAGUGGGAUCAUGGGUACGGGCCUGAAGGCUGCUCGCUUGCGGGAGUGGUAUGCGGACUUUGAGAUGUUCUGCGGGUGGAUCGUGUCUGAGUUUGGUGAUGAAGAAGAAAACUAGAAUCCUGAAUCCUGAGUCACGGCAGGACCUGGGAGACGCGUGGUAUAGGUGCAAGGCCUUGUUCAUAGAGUAGAAUCACGAGAAUGUGGGCAGUAAUGACACAAGUUCCACCGGAAAUAGCAUACGCACCUUAUGUCAAUGAAAUAAGAACGAAAAAUAAAUGGAAUAAGAAAGUAGAAUCGAC